GGCCGGGGCAGAGUAGUCAGCGAUCGGUUCAAAUUGGCGAAAAGAAACGGGUGCGCGCUACCGAGUGGUUCUUGUUUGUUUUGAUCUUAAGGGUGGCGCCAGUUGCCAUUAGGAACCCUUAUCUUAUUUUUAUUAAAGCAUAAUAUACUGUCAUUUAAUAGAUGUCACCUGAUGAUUUAAUAGGUAUAUUAUGAAGACAAUUCAGUGAAAGUCAUACUUUUAGGUAUUUUCAUCUAAACUCUAGUGGUUCCUCAUAAACUCAUAAUACUUAAAUACUGACAGUGUUUUUAUUUGACGUUAAUGUGUUAAAGUGUACGAGGAUUUUGACAUUAAGUUAACUUACAUGUUGAUAUAGUGCAAAAAUAAUAUUUUUAUGAGUGAUGUUUUUGACUCUUGUUUAAAGUUAUGGAUACCGAAAGUCCCGUCGUUUGGCCAGCGUGGUGUUAUACAGGGAAUGCAACGAGUCCUACCGAAAAAAUGGAUCAUUCUCUAGCACCCUCAAAAACGUUAAGAAAGAAACGAAUAGAUAAAACUUCAUCCAAUAACAACGAAAUGUUAACGACAUCGCUGAGUUCUACAGAAUACGCUCUGCACAAUAAUAACAACGACAUCAAAAAUGAAAGACUGAGUCCAAGUACACCCGAUACUUUUUCACAAUCCCGUAGCGGAACUCCAAGUUCAGCAACUCACUCCGACACAUCUCCGGCUCUAGAUUACCCACUGGUUGGUGCUAUGACAGGGAGGAACUAUAGUGAUUUUAUGAGGUGCCUUGCUGCAAAAUACAACCAUACUAAUCCCAACGAUUUUUUUAGUACUACCAGGAAUGGGUUUCCACCGCCUGUAGAUCCGCGGUUUAAAUCUUCUGUUCCCUCCAUCACGUUCCCAACUGCACUGUUAUCGAACUUAAACACCACACCCACAUUGAAAGAUGCAGACAUAGCAAACAAGAAAUCUGAUUUCGCCUCCUCCCUCAGUCCAUUUUCUGGAGCGGCAACAGCUAUGUUUCCUCCUCUAAUAGACAUGUCAACGACUCAAACUCUACUAGCAAUGGUUCGAACAGCUAAGGAAGCGGAACUACAAGGUUUGCUUAAAAAUGUCAAACGACAAGACAGUGCGUCUCCGUUGGACUUAUCUUCCGCCGCGCCGCCCCCAAAACGAGCACGGAUUAAAACGCCGUCGUUGGGCAGUCCUUGUAAUGCCCACCCAGCUACUUCACCGAGCCUACAGAAGAGAUCUGAAAGUGAAAGUCCCAAAUUACAGGAAGAUAUCAGUAGUUGGACAGUUGAAGACGUGGCAAAUUUUGUUAAUGGAAUAGACAUUUGCUCCGAAUAUACUCAGAAUUUCCGUGAUCAAAGCAUUGAUGGUAGCGGGCUACCCCUACUAACGGAAGAGCAUCUUACCAACACUAUGGGAAUGAAAUUAGGACCCGCCCUCAAGUUUCGAUCAAUUCUAGCAAAGAAACUUGGUGCAUGUAACGUAUGUUUGCAUUGUACCCAUUGUCACAACUCUAGCAACAGUUCAGAAAUGAUAGCUGGAAAUGGAGGACAUACAUCGGAUUCUGGUGGUGUUUCUUGAAAACUUUCAGACCGAAGUUAUAUUGUGUUUCGAAGUUGAAUUAACUUUAAUAUGAUUUUUUAGUGAAUACCAAUUGAUAUUUCUGUUUAUCACAGGCGAAUUGAAAGUGUUUGAAGUUAGAAAAGAAGUUGGAAGUUAGAAAAAAUAUGAUCUCAAUAUAAGCUAUUUCAAACAACAUAAAAGAAAAUGCUUUUAAUUUUGAGCUAAAUAACUUAUCUAUAGAUACUAAUAGUAGGGAGUAGCAGUAAUUUGAAAACUUCUUAGAUAUACGUCUCUAAUGCUACUUAGUUUUCAAUGAAUUUUUUGGUCAUUUCCUUUAUGCUGUAUAAAUACAGAUGCAAAAAAAAACGCUACGGAAAAAUGUUUGGUCAAAUU